UUCAUUCACUUAUAUAGCUCUUCUUUGUCCUCAUUCACGUGGCCUUAUAUUUCUCUUUCUCUUGUCUUCUUUCUUAUAUUCCAACACCUCUUGUAUAAUAUUACUUUUAUCCUCUCUACCUCUUCUCACUUACCACCAAAGAGGAACCUCGAGGGAAGAUGGAGAUCACCAAUGUUUCGGAGUAUCAGGCAAUCGCCAAGCAGAAGUUGCCGAAGAUGGUCUAUGACUACUAUGCCUCUGGUGCGGAGGAUGAGUGGACUCUCAAAGAGAACAGGGAGGCAUUUUCAAGGAUUCUGUUUCGUCCUCGGAUCCUGAUCGAUGUGUCUAGGAUUGACAUGACCACAACUGUGCUGGGUUUCAAAAUAUCGAUGCCUAUCAUGAUUGCUCCCAGCGCUAUGCAGAAAAUGGCUCACCCUGAUGGAGAAUAUGCAACAGCAAGAGCCGCAUCAGCAGCGGGCACUAUAAUGACUUUGUCCUCAUGGGCUACUUCAAGUGUUGAAGAAGUUGCAUCAACUGGACCCGGAAUUCGGUUCUUCCAACUCUACGUUUAUAAGGACAGGAAUGUAGUUGCUCAGCUUGUUAGAAGAGCUGAAAGGGCAGGUUUCAAGGCAAUUGCUCUUACUGUUGAUACCCCUAGACUUGGUCGCAGAGAAGCAGACAUCAAGAACAGAUUUACUUUACCACCAUUUUUGACACUCAAGAACUUCGAAGGAUUGGACCUUGGGAAGAUGGACAAGGCCAAUGACUCAGGCUUGGCAUCUUAUGUUGCUGGACAAAUUGACCGUACUCUUAGCUGGAAGGACGUUAAGUGGUUGCAGACAAUAACUUCCCUGCCAAUUUUAGUGAAAGGAGUCCUGACUGCAGAAGACUCAAGGCUAGCUGUACAAGCUGGUGCUGCUGGUAUCAUUGUUUCAAACCAUGGAGCUCGUCAGUUGGAUUACGUUCCGGCAACUAUUAGUGCACUGGAAGAAGUUGUCAAGGCCGCACAAGGCCGAGUUCCGGUGUUUUUGGAUGGUGGUGUUCGUCGUGGAACUGAUGUCUUCAAAGCACUAGCUUUGGGUGCCUCUGGCAUUUUCAUUGGCCGGCCUGUCUUAUUCGCUUUGGCUGCUGAAGGUGAGGCUGGAGUACGAAAAAUUCUUCAAAUGCUUCGCGAUGAGUUUGAACUCACCAUGGCAUUGAGCGGUUGCACUUCGCUUAAGGAAAUCACUCGCAACCACAUUGUGACCCCAGGCGAUUUCACCCGUGGCGUAUCUAGGUUAUAAGUAGUAUAAAGCUUCAUCAAUUUCGCCUUUGUUUUGAUUAUGAAUGAAUGGAGCACGUUCAAGAGCUUCAGGAGUAUCAGUACUUGGCAUCAAGACUCUAAACUACUUGAUAUUUGAUUUGUACUUUCAUAAGUUGUUAUGAAUAUGGCAUGUACUGUAUAUAUUAUUUCUUCAACCAGAAAAAGGACCAGUUUAAUUGGCUUAAAUUUGGUUUUAUAAACUGAAACAGCUUAAGCA